AUGUUCUCUAGUAACGAGUGGGAGGAAUGCAAAUUUUCUGGAACACCUAAAGGAAGAGCAUUAUAUGGAACAGUGACAAGGAUUCAAUUUUGGGCCAGUGUGACAAAAUGUUUAAAAGUGUUUUCCCCUUUGGUGAAAGUCCUUCGAAUGGUUGAUGCGGAUUGGAAGCCCUCAAUGGGUUUUGUUUACUGGGAGCUUAAAGUAGCAAAAGAAGAAAUUAUGAAAGCUUUGGGUGGUAACGAGAAAACUUACAAGCCUAUUAUAGAUAUCAUAAACCACAAGAUGAAAGGUAGGCUAGAUUCAAAAUUACAUUUGACGGCUUAUCUUUUGAAUCCUUAUUAUAAUUUUAAGGAUUCCCAACUCCAACAUGAUCCCGAUGUAAUGGAUGCAGUUCUUGAAUUUUUUGAUACAUUACUUUGUGGAGAUUUUGAGAUGCAAAGACAAGUCGUGAUGAUAGAUUUGCCAAAAUACAAGGAAAAAGUUGAUAGAUUCGGAGCGGAUCUUGCAAUUAAAGGUUGUAUGGUGAACAAUGCCGACUUUGAUCCGGCAACAUGGUGGGGACUUUUUGGUGGCUCGACUCCUCAUUUGAAAAGGAUUGCAAUGAGGAUUCUUUCUUUAACUAGUAGUUCAUCGGGUUGUGAAAGGAAUUGGAGCACGUUUGAAGCGGUACAUACAAAGAAACAUAAUAGAUUGGAGACAAAUAGAUUGAACAAUCUUGUUAAUGUUCAAUUCAAUGCUAAUCUAAUGGAAAAAAACAAAAAGAGAAAAGAUAGGACUUUGGAAGUGCUUUUAGGAAAUGAUUCCCACGUAGCUCAAGAAUGGAUGAUAGAUGGAGAUGACGGCGAUUGA